AUGAAUCGGCAAAGAGAACCGCGUUCCCUCAACCUCCCUCUGCUCGGAGAGGGGCUGGCCCGGAUCUACCGCGGCAUCCUGGCCGUGGUGGGAGCCCUGCGCCCGGCCAAGGAGCCGCCCGCAGCCCCCGCCGAGCGGAGCGCUGCCCCCUCCGUGCCCCCGGAGCCGCUGCCCGGCCGCCGUGGGAGCCGCGCUGCGCCCGCGGAUCCCGACAGGACGAGCUCGCACAUGAUCUCCGCGGACGAUGCCGAGUACCCGCGCGAGUACCGCACCCUGGGCAACGGCACCCGGCGCUUCUCCAACGUGGGGCUGGUGCACACCUCGGAGCGCCGGCACACGGUGAUCGCCGCCCAGAGCCUGGAGGCGCUCACCGGCCUCCAGAAGACGGAGAUGGAGCGCAAGCGGGAUGCCUUCAUGGACCACCUGAAGAGCAAAUACCCGCAGCACGCCCUGGCGCUGCGCGGGCAGCAGGAGCGCCUGCGGGACCAGCAACCCAACUACUGGAGCUUUAAGACCAGGAGCUCCCGGCACUCCCAGGGCUCCCAGCCUGGCCUGGCCGACCAAGCCAAGCUCUCCUUCGCCUCGGCCGAGUCCCUGGAGACCAUGUCGGAGGCGGAGCUGCCGCUGGCCUUCAACAGGAUGAACCGGUUCCGGCAGAGCCUGCCCCUGUCCCGCUCGGCCAGCCAGACCAAGCUGCGCUCCCCAGGGGUGCUGUUCCUGCAGUUUGGGGACGAGACCAGGCGGGUGCACAUCACGCACGAGAUCAGCAGCAUGGACACCCUGCACGCCCUCAUCGUGCACAUGUUCCCCCAGAAGCUCACCAUGGGCAUGCUCAAGUCCCCCAACACUGCCAUCCUCAUCAAGGACGAGUCCCGGAACGUCUUCUACGAGCUGGAGGAUGUCCGAGAUAUCCAGGACCGAAGCAUCAUUAAAAUCUACCGGAAAGAGCCGCUCUACGCCUCGUUCCCAGCCUCACACAUCACCAACGGCGACCUGAGGCGGGACAUGGUCUACACCUCCCGGGAAUCCUCUCCCACGCGCCGGCUCAACAACAUCUCCCCAGCCUCGCACCUGGCCUCGGGCUCCCCGCCGCCCGUGCUGCAGUCCUCAUCGCCCUCGCGCUCCCGCAUGUCCUACAGCGGCGGCCGCCCGCCCUCCUACGCGGGCAGCCCCGUGCACCACGGCGAGCGCCUGUCCAGCCUGCCCCCGGCGCAGGGCGUGUCCCCCAGCCCCAGCGCCAUCCUGGAGCGCCGCGACGUCAAACCCGACGAGGACCUGGCGGGCAAGAACGUGGUGCUGGUGAAGAACGAGGGGCUCUACGCGGAUCCCUACGGGAUGGUGCACGAGGGCCGGCUCAGCAUCACCUCCACGCAGUCGCUGGCGGGCAUGGGGGACCCCUUUGGCUACUCAGGGGGGCUCUACAAGCGGGGCUCGGUGAGGUCACUCAGCACCUACUCGGCGGCCGCGCUGCAGACGGAGCUGGAGGACAGUUUGUACAAGCCCAACGCGCCCAUCUACAGCGACACGUACGGCCCCGGGCUGGGCUUCCGCAUGCCGCCCUCGUCCCCGCAGAAGAUGGUGGAGCCCGGGCAGAGCCCGCACAGCCCCUACUCGGGCCCGCCCAGCCGCUCCUCGCCCGUCCGUCAGUCCUUCCGCAAGGAUUCCUGCUCCUCUGUCUUCAUGGACGGCCCCGCGGGCAAAACGCGCAACCCCAGCUCGUCCGGGCCCCCCGAGCUGUUCCCCGGGCCCGCAGAGCGGCCGCUCUCGGGCUUCGGAUCGCCCGGACCGGCCAAGGACACGGAGACCAGGGAGCGGAUGGAGGCCAUGGAGAAGCAGAUCGCCAGCCUGACGGGGCUGGUGCAGAGCGCGCUGCUCCGCGGCUCCGAGGCUGAGACCCCCAGUGAGAAGACAGAGGCCACCAACGGCGGGACCCCCCCAUCAGCGUCCACCAGCCGCAGCGGCAUGGGCACCCCAGUGCCCGCGCCGCCGCCGCCCUCGGCCACCAGCACCCCGGCGGGGCAGCCCACGGCCAUCACCCGCCUGCACAUGCAGCUGCACCUGCACGACCUGCAGCAGAACGCCAGCGACCUCCGCAACCAGCUGCAGCAGCUCAAGAAGCUGCAGCUGCAGAACCAGGAGACGGUGAAGUCGCUGCUGCGGCGGACGGAGACGGAGCUGAGCGUGAGGGUGACGGACACGAUGCGCAAGCACGAGGACCCUCUGCAGCGCCAGCGCAGCUUGGUGGAGGAGGAGCGGCUGCGCUACCUCAACGAGGAGGAGCUCAUCACCCAGCAGCUCAAUGACCUGGAAAAGUCCGUGGAGAAGAUCCAGAAGGAUCUGGCGCACAACCACCGGCUGAUCCCGGCGCAGGAGCUGGAGGAAAAGGCCGUGGUGCUCAAGCAGCUGGGGGAGACCCUGACGGACCUGAAGGCCCAGUUCCCCAGCCUGCAGAGCAAGAUGCGGGUGGUGCUGCGGGUGGAGGUGGAGGCCGUCAAGUUCCUCAAGGAGGAGCCCAACCGCCUGGACGGGCUCCUCAAGCGCUGCAAGACCGUCACCGACACCCUGGCCCAGAUCCGCAGACAAGUGGACGAGGGCGUGUGGAGCUCGCCCAGCAGCCUGAGCCAGUCGCCCAAGAAGGUGGCCCCGGAGACAGAUUUCAGCAAAGGGCUGGAGCUGGAGAUGCCCACCAGCCCUCCCGUGAGCCUGCACCACCUGACGGGCACCCCCGAGCCCCUGGGCUUCCCCGCCCAGCCCCAGAGCCACCCUGGCAAAAGCAAUAACCCCUCACGAGCCCCCGAGAUGGUGCCCGCCAAGACUCAGACGGGGCCCGAGACCCCCAGCAAGAAGAGCGCGGACAAAGCAGUGUCUGUGGAGGCGGCCGAGCGGGACUGGGAGGAGAAGCGGGCGGCGCUCACCCAGUACAGCGCCAAGGACAUCAACCGGCUCCUGGAGGAGACGCAGGCCGAGCUCAUGAAGGCCAUCCCCGACCUGGAAUUCGCAGCCAAGCACAAACAAACCCCGGGCAGCGGCAGCGCCGCCUCCACGCCCGAGCACAAACCCUCCAAGCCACAGCACACCCCCAAAUCGGGGGGCAAAGGGGACCCCAACGGCCGCCGGGGCUCAGACGAGCUGACGGUGCCGCGGUACCGCACCGAGAAACCCUCCAAGUCGCCGCCGCCUCCGCCGCCCCGCCGCAGCUUCCCCUCGUCGCACGGGCUGACCACGACCCGCAGCGGGGAGGUCAUCGUCACCAGCAAGAAGGAGCCCGGCUUUAUGAAGAAGGCGGAGUCGGAGGAGCUGGAGACGCCGAAGCCGCAGGUGAAGCUGAGGCGGGCGGUGUCCGAGGUGGUCCGGCCCGCCUCCACCCCGCCCAUCAUCGCCUCGGCCGUCAAGGACGACGACGACGAGGACCGGAUCAUCGCCGAGCUGGAGGUGUUUCAGCGGAGCUCAGCCUCCCCUUUCCUCCCCGUGCCCCGCUGUGACCCCCUCGAGGCCGUGUCCCCAGGCCACUCCGAGCCGUGGCCCCUCGGAGCCGAAGGAUGGAAGGAGCCGCUGGCGCCGGCAGCCCCGGCCGGCCGGGCGUUCUCCCUGCCCCAGAUCGUGCUCACCGAGUGGGUGUCGGAGCCGCCGUCCCCCGACGCCGAGCCGGAGCUGUGGGCGGCGCCGGGCAGCGCAGCACCAGCAGGGCAGCUGCCACCCGAGGGGACAAAGAGAGGCCGUGUGGCGGCUCCCGGCGGCUCCCCAAAGUCCCCGCUGGCGCAGGAACCCCCGCCAGCCCCGCAGCCCCCCGGCAGCGCAUCCCGGGCGCUUCCCUUGGCAGCCCCGCCUUUCCCGAGGGAUAAAAUGGGGGGACAAAGAGGGGACGCGGCUCCGGACGCUGCCGGCAGGCCAGGAGGCGGUGGCAGGGCUUGUCCCCAGAGUCCCGAGGCUGCGCAGCCUCCUCGGAGCCGCGGGGAAGGCGCCGGAGCUGCGGAGGCCGCGCUGCCCUCCGCGGGUGCCGCGAUCGUUCCCCAAAUUCCCGCUGGCCUUGGGGACUCCCAAAGAGGAGCCAGGCUCGCUCCCGGACACCCAGCUGGGGCUCCCAAAGCUGCAUGGAGGGAGGAGAGCCCUCCGGCCCGCCCGGGGACACAGCCCGGGGCUCCCGCGGGCAGGGACCCAGCCCCGAGGGCAGCGGGGCCUUCCCGGGCGGAGCAGCCGCCCCUGGAGCGGGUCCUGGCCCGCUCCGGCCCCGCCGCGGCACCGCCGGGAUGGGACCGAGGGGCUGCGGCUGCCGGGGGCGGCCCCCGAGCGGCGGGGAAAGCGGCAGAGGGGCUCUGCAGAGGCCGCCUGAACCCCGCGGGCCCGGGCAAGAAGGAGAUUUACGAGGACACCUACCAGAGACUGGACAGCCUGGAGGAAACCAUCCGCGAGCUGGAAAUGACCAUCAGCGAGAUCAGCAGCCACCCCGCCGUGGAAUUUGCGUUCCCCAAGGACGCGCCGGGAUCCGAGGAGGCCGGGAGGAGCCUGGGGGACCUCGGGCACGGAGGCGGCGACGGUGACACCGCGCUGGACCUCAGCCAGGCCAAGGACGGCGCUGCCACGAGUCCCUUUCCGAGCAGGACCAAGCCAGCGCUGCUCCCCAAGCCGCAGCUGCCCCCCGGCACUCCCCAGAGCGGCGGCGUCUCCAUCCCGGCCAUGAAGAUGGUGAAUCCGGCGUCGCGGCUGAAGCAGGGCCAGCAGGGCAGCCCCGACAAGGGCAAGCACAUCAAGCAGCGCAUGGAGUACAUGCGGAUCCAGGGCCAGCAGCAGAGCUCUCAGAGCUUCCCCCCACCAGCGUCCAGCCAGGAGCAGCCUCCAGCUCCCACCGGGCGGAAAACCGGGAAGCAGCGGCGGCCGAGGACACCCCCGGAGCGACCCCCGGAGCGACCCCCGGAGCGGCCCCCGGAGCGGCCCCCGAGCGCCCCGGGAGCGGCGGCGGUGCCCCCGCAGGAGGAGAGCGCGGCUCCGGCCCGGGCUCGCCGGGGCGCGGCCGGCGGGGCCGAGGGCGCGGGGACACCCCGGGGACACCCCGGGCCCCGCGCCGCUGUCAGCGCCGCCGCCACCACCGCGUCCCCUCCAGGGGGGCCGGGGGGUCCCCGGGAGUGCCGGAGGGGCCGCAGGGCGCGGGUGUGA